AUGCCCAAGAACCCAUUAAAGAAGGAAUAUUGGACAGGUGUGGUCGAUGGAUUCAAGCCAAGUACUUCAACAGGCUCCGAAAAUGAGAAGGACUCAAGUGCGUUCGUAACAGAACAAAACUCCAAAACUGAUUCAGCAUUUCCAUUAAGCCCUAAAGACUCGGCUGGCGUAAAUCAAACUACAAACGAUGUCACAUCAUCGGAACGCUUCCGUGGUGGUGAUGACGUACAACAAGAAGAUAUCAACAACACCAACUUAAGCAAAGAGCUAUCUGUGAGACAUCUUUUGACCUUAGCCGUCGGUGGUGCCAUAGGUACAGGUUUAUUCGUGAACACAGGUGCUGCUUUAUCCACAGGUGGCCCGGCCAGUUUAGUCAUUGAUUGGGUUAUUAUUAGUACAUGUCUUUUCACUGUGAUAAACUCUCUUGGUGAAUUGUCUGCUGCUUUUCCGGUUGUCGGUGGGUUCAAUGUUUACAGUAUGAGGUUUGUUGAACCUUCGUUUGCGUUUGCCGUUAACUUGAAUUAUCUGGCUCAAUGGUUGGUUCUAUUGCCAUUGGAACUGGUGGCUGCCUCUAUUACUAUUAGAUACUGGAAUGACAAAAUCAACUCAGAUGCCUGGGUUGCUAUCUUUUAUGCUGCCAUUGCCAUGGCUAAUAUGUUGGAUGUUAAGUCAUUUGGUGAAACUGAAUUCGUAUUAUCGAUGAUCAAGAUUUUAGCUAUUAUUGGGUUUACCAUCUUAGGUAUCGUUCUAUCCUGUGGUGGUGGACCUCAUGGAGGCUAUAUUGGUGGCAAAUACUGGAAUGACCCGGGUGCAUUUGUAGGGCACGACUCAGGGACCAAAUUCAAGGGUUUGUGUUCUGUUUUUGUCACUGCUGCAUUCUCUUACUCCGGUAUUGAAAUGACAGCCGUUUCUGCUGCCGAAAGUAAAAACCCUAGAGAAACUAUACCAAAGGCAGCAAAGAGAACAUUUUGGUUGAUUACUAUCUCAUAUGUGACUAUUUUGACUUUGAUUGGUUGUUUGGUUCCAUCCAAUGAUCCUAGAUUACUAAAUGGUUCUAGUUCGGUGGAUGCUGCAUCCUCCCCUCUGGUCAUUGCGAUUGAAAAUGGGCGUAUUAAAGGGUUACCAUCAUUGAUGAACGCCAUUAUUUUAAUCGCUGUCGUUUCUGUGGCCAAUAGUGCUGUCUAUGCGUGUUCAAGGUGUAUGGUGGCCAUGGCCCAUAUCGGUAAUUUACCAAAAUUUUUGAGACGUGUUGAUAAGAGAGGUAGACCUAUCAAUGCUAUUGUGUUAACUUUGUUUUUCGGUUUGCUUUCGUUUGUGGCUGCAAGCGAUAAACAAGCUGAGGUCUUUACCUGGCUGAGUGCUUUAUCAGGACUAUCAACAAUUUUCUGUUGGAUGGCCAUUAAUCUCUCUCACAUUAGAUUCCGUCAAGCCAUGAAAUUUCAAGAAAGAUCCUUGGACGAAUUACCAUUCAUUUCUCAAACCGGUGUUUGGGGAUCUAUAUACGGUUUCGUCGUUUUGUUCCUAGUUUUGAUAGCGUCUUUCUGGACUUCUAUGUUCCCAAUCGGCGGUUCAGGCGCUAGCGCAGAAUCUUUCUUUGAAGGCUACUUAUCGUUUCCAAUUUUGAUUGUCUGCUACUUUGGACAUAAAAUAUACACUCGUGACUGGAGAUUAUUCGUGAAAUUAGAAGACAUGGAUCUCGACACUGGUAGAAAACAGGUGGAUUUAAAUCUUCGUAGGGAAGAAAUGAAGAUUGAGCAAGAAACAUUAGCAAAGCGCUCUUUUAUGACAAGAUUCUUGAGCGUCUGGUGUUGA